AUGCGUCUCUCAGCCCUUCUGAGCUUCUUCCUCUCCCUGCUCGUCUGGCGGGCCUCGACAGUCUCCGGAACGAGUGAUGGCAACACCACGCUCGUCACCUGGGACGAAUACAGUCUCUCCGUCAGGGGGGAACGGGUCUUCAUCUUCUCGGGGGAGUUCCAUUACCACCGGUUACCAGUGCCGGAGAUGUGGCUGGAUGUGUUGCAGAAGUUGAAGGCGAAUGGAUAUAAUGCUGUGUCGGUUUACUUUCUUUGGAAUUAUCAUUCCGCCUCCGAGGGAGUGUUCGACUUUGAGACCGGCGCACACGAUAUCCAGCGGUUCUUCGACUACGCCAAACAGGCGGGAGUGUACAUCAUCGCCCGCCCUGGUCCGUACAUCAACGGCGAGACAACGGCGGGCGGGUUUGCCCUGUGGGCGGCAAAUGGCAAGCUCGGCGACGCGCGGACAUCCGACGAGACGUACCAUCAGGCCUGGUUGCCCUGGAUUCUGGAGGUAGCCAAGAUCCUGAAGGCGAACCAGAUCACCGAGGGGGGACCCGUCAUCCUGCACCAGAACGAGAAUGAGCUGCAGGAGACGGUGCACAGUGCGGACAACACGCUGGUGCUGUACAUGGAACAGAUCAUCGCGGCGUACGCGGAGGCCGGGAUCGUCGUGCCCAGCUCGAGUAACGAGAAGGGGAUGCGGUCUAUGAGCUGGUCGACGGACUACGAGGACGUCGGCGGCGCGGUCAACGUCUACGGCUUGGACUCGUACCCGGGGGGACUGUCUUGCACAGAUGUCGAUACGGGCUUCGAGGUCCUGCACACCUACUACGAGUGGUUCCAGAACUACUCGUACACCCAGCCGGAGUACUUCCCGGAGUUUGAGGGCGGCUGGUUCGAAGCCUGGGGGGGAUCCUUCUAUGACACCUGCACCUCCGAGCUGUCCCCGCAGUUCGCCGAUGUGUUUUACAAGAAUAACCUGGGCCAGCGCGUCACCAUGCAGAGCCUCUAUAUGAGCUUCGGCGGCACCAACUGGGGCCAUUUUCCGGCUCCCGUCGUGUACACUUCCUACGACUACAGUGCUCCCCUGCGCGAGACCCGCCAGAUCCGCGACAAGCUGCGCCAAAUCAAGCUCAUCGGCCUCUUCACGCGCGUCUCGGCCGACCUGCGCAAGACCGUCAUGGAGGGCAACGGCACGACGUACACCAACUCAUCCUCCAUCUGGACAUGGGUCAUUCGUAACCCGGACACCCAGGCAAGGUUCUAUGUCACGCAGCAGGCGGACACAUCCACCUUUGACUCGGUGAAGUUUGACUUGAACGUCACUACUUCUGCGGGGGCGGUCACUCUGUCUGAUAUCAACUUGGACGGCCGCCAGAGCAAGAUCAUCGUCACCGACUACACCAUCAGCAGUAGCACGACGCUGCUUUUUUCGUCUGCCGAAGUCCUCACCUACGCCAAUCUUGAUGUCGACGUGAUUGCCUUCUACCUGGACGUCGGACAGGUGGGCCACUUUGCCUUCAAGGACGCCGCAAAUCUCACUUUCACGACCUACGGCUCUACGUCUUUGACCACUGCCGCCUCGUCCGCCCACAGCACCGUCUACACCUACACGCAGGGCACCGGCGUGACGGCCGUCAAAUUCUCCAACGGCCUCGUUGCUUACCUACUAGAUCGGGAUUCUGCGUGGUACUUCUGGGCACCCCCGACUACUUCGGACCCAAACGUCAAGCCGGACCAGCAUAUCUUCGUUCAAGGGCCGUACCUUGUUCGGAAUGCCUCGGUCGAAGGCAGCACGGUGAAACUGGUGGGCGAUAAUGAAAACACCACUACUUUGGAGGUUUUCGCGGACUCCUCUAUCAAAACCGUCGAAUGGAACGGAAACAAAGUAUCCGUCAAGAAGACCGCGUACGGCAGUCUGGUGGGCUCCGCCCCUGGCGCAGAGGACGUGGAGGUCAGCCUGCCAACGCUCGACUCGUGGAAGGCGCAAGACUCGAUCCCGGAGAUCAACCCGGCGUACGACGAUUCCCUGUGGCCCGUGUGCAACCACACGACGACGCUCAACCCCGUCGCCCCCCUGACCCUUCCGGUCCUGUACUCGCCGGACUAUGGCUACCACGCAGGAAUCAAGGUCUACCGCGGCCGCUUCGACGGCCCGACCACGACCGCGGCCAACAUAACCGGCGCGAACGUCACGGUCCAGAACGGCUACGCGGCCGGCUGGUCCGCCUGGCUGAACGGCGAGUACGUCGGCGGCUCCCUCGGCGGCACGGCCGACGUCUCCAGCACGGCCGUGCUCCCGUUCAACUCGUCCUCCCUGAAAGCAACGGAUAACCUGCUCACCCUUCUUCUCGAUUAUACAGGCCACGACGAAGACGACGUCAGCCCAGCCGGCACGCAGAACCCGCGGGGCAUCCUAGGGGCAUCUUUGAUUACUGAAAACAACGGCAGCAUAACUCCUCCCAACUUCACCUCCUGGCGUAUCCGCGGCAACGCCGGCGGCGAGGCCAACAUCGACCCCGUCCGCGGUCCCCUCAACGAAGGCGGCCUGUACGCGGAACGCAUGGGCUGGCAUCUACCCGGUUACCCUGUUCCCACGACUGAUUCAUCCACAGAUUCACCCCUCGACGGCGUAGCAGGUGCCGCGGGCCGCUUCUACCUCACAAACUUCACCCUGGAUUUACCUGCCGACCUUGACGUUCCUUUAGGUCUGCAGCUGGGUUCUCCGGCGGACACGGCGGCAGUCGUCCAUAUCUACAUGAACGGAUACCAGUUCGGCCAUUAUCUGCCUCAUUAUGGUCCGCAGGAGGUUUUUCCUUUCCCGCCGGGGAUCAUCAACAAUCGCGGCCUGAACACGCUGGGUAUCAAUCUUUGGUCUCUGACGGAUGCGGGGGCGGCCCUUGAUACGGUCCAAUUGAUUAGUUAUGGAAAGUACCGGUCUGGGUUCGACUUCAAUUCUGACUGGAGUUAUUUGCAGCCGGCGUGGAAGAAUGAUAGGGAGAAGUAUGCUUGA